AUGUCCCAUCUCAUCAAACCAAUCACCAGCGAUCAUGAUCUGAUUGAACUCGCAAAACAAUUAAAUGUUCAUCUCGAUGAUAUCUUUGAAUCAAGUGAGAUAACGAAGCCGCUCCCAAAGAAAGGUACAUAUCUGAUUCUACUUAGACCACCUAAUCUUGAUGUAGGACACUGGGUUUGUGUUUGUGAUAAUAAUUACUUCGAUUCAAUGGGCGAGGCAGCCCCUACGAAGUUUGGAAUAGGACGAUACAACCCCAAACAAUACCAAGGUACGUAUGGCGAUUAUUGCGCAAUAAUGUAUCGCGAACUAACUAUUUCAAGCGACGUACCAGCUCCCAAGCUGACCAAAGCUCUCAAGACUGGUAAGCCAAGUCUGACAGCUGAUCAACUCAAGGGCAGUGGCUCUGUUAUCCAUCUCCAUCCAGCCUCUUAUGAGAAGGCGAUCAAAGCUCGCAAGGCAGGUCGCGGUGUGCGUCUUGACAUUACCAGACAUGAAAUUAAGAAGGGUUAUAAGCGAGCCCAAGGAGGCUCUAGUUGGGGUAAGAUUAAAUCUGGUCUAUCCUCCGCGUUCAAAUUCGUAAAGGAUAGUGGAUUACUCAGCAAAGGACUUGAUGCAGCAUUAUUGACAGGAGUCGGUAUAUACGACUCUGACAGUGAUGUGGAGAAAGAAGGUGGUCGUCUAUCAAUUGCUGAUGUCAGGAAGACAGCGAAGAAUGCUCUAUCAUAUGCAAAACGCAAAGGAGUUCUAACCGAUGCAGCUGAUGGUGCAGAGAAGUUUCUACUGAGUAAGGCCACGAAGCCUGAGCAUGGGGAUCUAAUUAAGUCUAUUCGAGGCGAGGUCCGUCGUCGUUAUGGAGUAGGAGUAGCCACGAAGGGUAAGAAAUUCGCGAAGGGCUCUCAAGAAGCGAAGGAUCAUAUGGCUAAGAUUCGAGCUAUGAGGAAGAAGCCUAUGCAUGCUGGUUCAUUUCGAUUAUGA